UCUGCUCAGCUGUGGUUGGUCCGGAGAGCCGCGCGCUGCUCAGCGUUUCGCUUUCGCGCUCCUGAACCGCCGUCGCCUGGAGGCUGGAGGUCGCGGCGGGAACUGUUCUCCUCUCAGCCGGCGCCAGCUGUCAGCUCCUCGCCUAAAAAGUUGCCCGUUUCCGUGCACCGGCGUCUCUUUCACAUGCGAGGAUGUGAUUCCCCACAUGAGGGUUUAGAGCCGCGCCAUGGUGUUGACCCAGGGACUUCUCGUGGAAACGAGACGCUGUGUUUCUAUGGGUACAUGAAUCUGAAUUCCACUGGCCAGAUGCCUGUAAUGGAGGAAGUCGAUUCCAACGAGAGCAACGGCAUAGCAAAGAGGGUUGCUCUCAUCAGCUUCCUGUCGCUGGUCAUGCUCAUGAGCGUCCUGGGAAACCUGCUGGUCAUGGUGGCCGUCUGCAAGGACCGGCAGCUCAGGAAAAUUAAGACCAAUUACUUCAUAGUAUCACUGGCCUUUGCUGACCUGCUGGUGUCAGUGCUGGUGAUGCCAUUUGGGGCCAUUGAGCUGAUCCAUCAGAACUGGAUCUACGGGGAGACCUUCUGCCUGGUCCGCACCUCGCUGGACGUGCUGCUGACCACUGCCUCCAUCCUGCACCUGUGCUGCAUAUCUUUGGACAGGUACUAUGCCAUCUGUUGUCAGCCUCUGGUCUACAGGAAUAAGAUGACGCCACUGAGAGUUGCUCUUAUGAUAGGAGGAUGUUGGAUUAUCCCAACUGUCAUAUCCUUCUUACCAAUAAUGCAAGGCUGGAACAGUAUUGGAAUAAAUCAUUUGAUAGAGGCGCGGAAGUUCAGUGGCAACUCCACGGUGUGUGUGUUCAUGGUGAACAAGCCGUAUGCACUCACCUGCUCCGUGGUGGCCUUCUACAUCCCGCUGGGCCUGAUGGUUCUGGCCUACCAGCGCAUUUAUGUGACGGCACGCGAACAUGCCCGGCAGAUCAGCAUGCUGCAACGGGCAGGUGGAGCAGGCAAUGCUGCCUCGGACAGCGCAGACCACCAGCGCAACCACCGCAUGCGCACUGAGACCAAGGCAGCCAAGACUCUGUGCAUCAUCAUGGGCUGCUUUUGCCUCUGCUGGGCUCCUUUCUUCAUCACUAACGUGGUGGACCCUUUCAUAGACUACACAGUGCCCGAGCAGCUGUGGGCCGCCUGCCUGUGGCUGGGCUACAUCAAUUCCAUGCUCAACCCCAUCCUUUAUGCCUUCCUGAACAAGUCCUUCCGUCGUGCCUUCCUCAUCAUUCUCUGCUGCGGACACAGGCGCUACCGACGGCCCUCCAUCAUGGCACCCGGAGCCCCCUGCACUUCAACACAGAUCAACGGCUCAACACAUGUACUCAAUGGCUGCUCCUCUGCCUCCAAACUCCUGCUCUGGUUCUGCAACACUAGACCUGUUCCUGUCUAGUUCUGUGUGAGGAGCUCGCAAGUACUCAGUUCUUCACAAUGGAAACCAUAUUGAACAGGAGAAACUGUCAGUGCAGAAUGACACAGAGUCACAGGAAUCCUGCUUCUGAUACCGGCUUCUGCUUCAUCAGGACCAAUACUGGAAGGUGCCAUUCCACCACAUCCUACCAGACCUGCAGCACGUACUCACGCAGGACAGUCCAGGAACAAAUUACUGGGAGGUGGACUGAGACAUUUGAUCCAAACUCUAAAAGUGAAAAAUGUUGCCAAAGGUAUUAGACUUUUAUUUUUGGAUGUAAUUAAUCCUAAUGUAAAAGAUUUGUGGUACAGUGACCUGGUAUGUUGAGAAAUCUCUCUUUUCCCACAACUAUUACUUGGAAAUUAUUUGGCAAACACCAAAACAUAUUAUUUAAAAUAUAUAUUAAGCUUUAUUUGUGAGGAACAUAAUGGGUGUUUAGUUGAAUUUAAAGCCAGGGCAACUUUUUGACUCCACAGAAAAAGCAUGGCUAAAAGUGAUUCUUUGUUAAAUUCAUGCAGGGGAGCAUUUAAACAGGACAGCUGUAUGUGUGUUUUACAAAAUCUACAAUUUUUUUAAUUCCAUGAAACUAAUACUUAGCAAAUUGAGUCUGCUCUCACAGAUGGCAAUGUGACAUCUGAUAUACUGCAAAAUAUUUUUUACAAAAACUGCUUCAAGGUAUGUAGGCUAUGAAAACUGAAAUUGCCAGUAGUAUUUUUUGAGUAUCAACCAAAAAAUUGAUUGUUAAAACCUGAAAUGUAAAUUUUUUUAUCACACAUUAUGUGACAGGUUUUUUUGCAGAUAAAUCAUUAUAUAAAGAAUAUUUAUCAUAAAAAGUCACUUUGAUGGAAAGAAGUAAAAAAAGUUUUAUUUUUUUUGUGCAUUUUCAUUUUUACCACUUUCAAUUUGUGCAGACAUAUGAUAGGUAUGUAGCUCUAGGUGUCACCAAAAAGGUUUUUUUGGUUAAUGAGGUUAUGCUACAAAGUAAAUGAAUUUAACUUCAAUCAAGUUAAACAGAUGUAAUUUACCUGUGUUCUCUUCAGUAGAGCAUUCCUAAAGAGUCUGCUACACUCUAAUAGACCUUGUUUCUCGAUAGAGUCCAUAAAUAAGGUACAUUGAUUUAUUUUACAUUCGCAUCACUUCAGCCCACAAAAUCUUUAAAAUGCACGUGUGAACUAAUAAUAUUCUGGUCACAUAUAGAACAAUCAGCGGCUAUAGGCCAAACAUUUCAGGUUGUCUCUGUUCAAGAGCUUUUCUCGCACAAUCUCUGAGCAUGGCACUCCAAUUACAAAGCUGAAUUAUGUUAACAAUGUUGACUUGGUCAGGGCUCCGCUUUGCAUACCUAACCAAACAGGUAUUUCAACAAUGAUUUCCAUUCACAGCAUCUCUCCAGGAUUAAUAAACUUACAGUAAACACUACAGUAAGCUCUUCAGUGCCAUAGCUUCAUGGGUUUCUGCCACAGUGAGACACUUCUGCUGCUUUAAGCCAAUAACAGCAGAGGUGAAUCUGACUAGUUCUAUGAGAGAGGGCUUCCCAAAUAACCAGCUUUUAUGAUGUUAUAGAACAAACCCGUAUACAGCUGCUCCAAACCAUGAGAUGGUCUUAAUAAAAACAGUAUUGAUACUAUUUUAGUUGAAGCAGAACUGAAAACAUCACAAAGAAAUUAUGAGUCAUAUUUUGUCAUAACAGUUAUGGUACCGAAUGCCUCCUUGUAACUUAUCUGUUCCUCAAGCACACAGCUUGGGCAAACGCUGAUUUUUGUCCUUCACAAACACAGCAGCCUACAUACCAGAGGUGUUCUCAGCCUUCAACUGUGCCUCUCUGUAAAGCGAAGGAUAGUGUUCCCUUUUCAAGUGUAUUGUUUCCGUUUAUUUAAAGAAUGUAAGAAUGUAAAUAUCAAAAAAUCUGUAACUGUACAGCGUUUUCAGUGUCAGCUAAUUUCAGCAGAGGAAAUAUUUUCAAUCUAUUGUAAUUUUACAGGGAAUCAUUGACACAGGGUUGUCAGAGCAUUAUAUACAGUAGAAUAUAAAUAUCAAACCAGUAGAGAUUAGCACUAUCCUCAUGCUUUUAUUUCUAAACGAUGACCUCUUCUGCAAUUAAAGCACUUAUAGCACUUUUUAUAAUACAUUAAUGAUAGCUUUCAUAGAUCAAACAGUAUUCUGGUUGCCAAUAUUUUAUCGAAGACCAAACUUAUGAUAGAAGAAUUUUAAAACUGAUGAAUGAAGAAAACGUUUGUGAUUGGUUUCCUUAAUGUGAUAAUUGUGUCAAAUUUGUUGAAGUGUUCCACGUGCUGAAGUGUUGGCUUGACAGAGCAAAAAAAAUAACACAAAAAAACAAACUCAAAGAAGAAAGAGAGGGAGUUCCAUGAACACAGCUAUAGUGUGCUCCACUUUGAUGGAACACUGGUUCAACUUCCUCUCGUUCUCUACCAACAAAGCUGCAAAGUCCCUCUGGUGGAUAAGGAAAUGUCUGAUCUGGGGUUCAAAUGUUUUACCAGCUGAUCUUUCUAUGCUAAAGGUCAGCGCUUAGCAGAUUAUGUCUGUUUUGACUUCAUUGUAAAUAGGAAUAUUUUUAUAUGCAAGGAAACUGAUGGUAGUCCAUGUGAUCCUUUCUAUAUGCUUCAGUCAGAGGCAAAGCAUUAUUCUUCCAGCUUAAUAUAACAGUUAAAUUCAACAAUGGAUUGCACAUCAUCAUACCAUGUCCCGCAGAGCUGUUCAAUGGGCUUCUCAUUUUUCGAUGUUCAUAAAAACAUGUACAUGGUCGUGCCUUCACAACCAACUUGUACUCGUGCAGGUUUAUAUUUUUCAGAAGAUACUGCCGUGGCUGAAGUUAACAAAAUUCCCUCCCAUUUGGUUUUAGGUAAAAGGAAGUCAUAGCAAUUUGCACUUGGCUCGCAUUAACUAAGCAAGCAUUUGCGGGUUGACACCACGUUAUGACACAAAAUUGUUGGAAAUGCUAAAUUAAAGCAAGACCAGUUAAAAAGAUGAAAUUGUCUCAGUUCAAGAUCUGUUUACCAGGAGCAACAUCAAGCUUGAAAUUACCCAGACGAGUGUGCCUACUGUGUAUUAUGAAAUGGUGUUGAGGAAUAUUAAUUAUGAACAUCCAGUCUGGAGAGUUAUUUUUGAUACUCCGGUUCCACUCUAACACUUCAAGUUUUCAAUUAUGUAGCACGCUUUGACCACAAAUCACUGAGCACUCAGCAAUUUUAGUAGCAGAGGCAAUCAAGAAAGAAAUCGCUUGCAUAAAUUCACUAGUGUCAGUCUGGAGGCUGUUUAAGCUGUGAUGAAGUUUUAUAGUGACUAAAACUUGAGGAGAAUACAUUUGACUGUCAAUGUGCUGAGCACAAGCAGAAAGUUUGUGAUCCUGUUGAUGUAGAUAUUGGAAAUCUCAGGAUUCAGAGUCCAGAAAUUCUGCUCUCGGCCUACAGGGAUGCAUGCUAAAGUAGAUGGGGCAUAUUGACCCAUGACUGGUGUUAACUACCUAAAGCUAGCCCUUAGAAGGUGACAGUUAUUAUGUUCAUUUGCUCUGCUGUUCAGAUAUUGUAAUUGCAUUUAUUUACAUGGCAAGCUGCACAAGUAAGUACAUUUAUAUUCAAUUUACAUUUGGUGUCAACAGGUUUGAGUGUGCACACCCAAAUUUUGAUGUCAAACAAUGACAAAACAAGACUGUAUAUUCAACAAUAACUUUUAAUCUAAUUCAAAUCUUAAUCAAAUACUCCCUCUUCUAUUUACAGUACAAAUGAGUUAUCCAUUGGCAGUUUACAAUAGAAAUUCUUUGCUUGGUUCAGUGAACUACAAGCAAGAAAUAAUUAGUGUCUGUUUACAUCACACUUUUGUUCUCAUCAGCAAUAACUGUGACUUCUAGGAGCUAGCCAGCAGAAAGAAUUUGAUGAGUUUUCACUUGAUUGCUUCGUACUUCUUUGACUCUGCUGAUCUGACCAACAAUAAUGUAUUGCCUCAAAAAAGUAAAAAAAAAUUUUAAAAAAACUUGGGCAGGCAUGAGUUUUGUUCAGAAGAAGCCACCGAUGUACCCAUGCCCAAGUGAUUCAGUCUCUCUCACAUACAUACACAUACAGACACAGUAAGACAAACACCACUGUGUAACACCUCAAAGCCCCAAAGGCAGAAGUUCUCAGCAUGAAUGUGUUGUAAAUCUCCCCAUAAGUUGUAGAAGAACUUUUGUAAACUCAGUAUUUAUUUUGGUGGAUUUAAAGAUGGAUAUUUUCAUGUAAGGCUUCUCUUUCAGGGAGCUAUGUGUAUUACUUUUUCUGUUGCUAUGUGACAGCUCUAAUAAAUGAUAAUUAAAGAUAAUGGGAUAUAAUACA